CAAGGACAGGGGAAAAUGCACAGUAUACCAUGACACUUCCCUACUUUCCAUCUGGAAAAACAAAGCGAUGUGCUUUUAGAAUGAGGUAUAACAUUAGUACAGACGAUUAUGAUCCAGCCAAUACUGAUGCCAGCCACAAUCAGAACUAUCAAACAGGCGAGAUAUCACCGAUCCAGAAUAAUCCGAAUGUGGACGUUGGGGCAGACAGCGUUCCAUUGCGUCUCGCUGUUAACACCGCUCAGUACGGCCGCGUCUUUCAAGACAGGUCACACGCCUUCAAGAUUGUACCCCGACCAAAUCGUAAAGGUAUUGAAUCAGCAAAGAUCGUAAACUUAAACGUGCGUGGAAAGCGCGGCAACAUAGUUCAGGUGUACCCAGCGAUAGAGUAUGAUUUCACGCCAACACGGUUGGAGAUUAAUGAAGGUGAUAUGAUCCAUAUACAGUGGACAGGUAUGAUGACCACAAACAUACGUUGUGUUUAAUAUGUUUUAUAUCAAUACCCUUAGGGCUAUGGUCAAAUACAAACACCCUGUACAUAAUAAUGCCAAGUAAUUAUAUAGCACCGAUUCCAAAUCAAUGAUCAAAGGCGCUGAGCGUUACUACC